GUGUAAAAUGAAAACAUAUCCGAAAGACCUUCCAAUGCUCAGUGCUGUACUUAUAUUUAUGAAUGAAGCACUGUCAAUCAUCUUACGUGCAAUUACCAGUAUAAUUAACCGAACACCUUCUCAUUUAUUGAAAGAAAUCAUCCUGGUCGAUGAUUACAGUUCAAAUGAUGAUCUGAAAGGACCUUUGGAAACACACAUCAAAACUUACAAUGAAAAGCAUCCUGGACUGCUGAAGAUCAUCAGACAUCAGAAAAGACAAGGCCUAACACAAGCCAGGGUUUCUGGCUGGGAGGCAUCAACUGCAGAUGUUGUUGCAAUUUUGGAUGCCCAUAUUGAAGUGAACAUCGGAUGGGCUGAGCCUAUCUUGUCUCGUCUAAAAGAAGAUCGCACUGUUAUACUAUCACCGGUAUUUGACAAUAUUCGUUUUGAUGACUUUGAGCUUCAUCAGUAUUCACCAGCUGCAGAUGGAUUUGACUGGGCACUCUGGUGCCUUUAUGAACCUUUACCAGCUGCAUGGUAUGCUCUGCAAGAUGAAACAGCUCCGGUCCGGAGCCCGUCUAUAAUGGGAAUUUUUGCUGCAGAUAGGAAAUUUCUGGGUGAGAUUGGUGUACUGGACAGUGGAAUGCACAUAUAUGGAGGAGAAAAUGUGGAACUUGGCCUGAGGGCUUGGCAGUGUGGAGGUAAAGUAGAAGUGCUGCCCUGCUCAAGAAUCGCUCAUUUGGAAAGAGCUCACAAGCCUUACUUGCUGGACUUGAGCAUUGCGUUGAAACGCAAUGCCUUGCGGGUAGCUGAAGUGUGGAUGGAUGACUACAAGUACAUGGUCUACUUUGCAUGGAAUCUUCCAAUUGAGAAUCCUGGAAUAGACUUUGGAGAUGUUUCUUCCAGAAAAGAGCUAAGGAAAAAACUGAACUGUAAAGGCUUUGAUUGGUACAUAAAAAACAUUUACCCUAAUUUAGUAUUUCUUCCCAACAUUGUUGGCUAUGGAACAAUGAAAAACACAUUGAAAGAAGACAUCUGUAUCGAUUGUGGCCCUGUCCCUGGAAACACUCCAAUUAUGUAUCCCUGUCAUGAAUACUCAACACAGCACAUCUUUUAUCACAGCACUGGAGAAAUAUAUGUAGGAGGUUUACGUGGCCAACGGAAUAGAGUUGAUAGAUGCAUAACAGACCCUGGGAAUGGGGACCUGCCAGUUUUAGAGCAAUGUGACACAGCUGUGAAUAAAGGCCUGAACUUGCACUGGGAUUUUAAGCAGGGAUCAGCUGUAAUCAACAGGAGCACUAAAAGAUGCCUUGAAAUCACAACAGCUUCAUACAGACUUGUAGUACGGACCUGCACAGGACAAAGAUGGAAUAUCCAACACACAGUUAAGGACUGGGGAAAGACAAAAGACCUGGAACAGAAGGCACAGCACUCAAAGCAUUGA